AUUUGGUAAAAAAAAAAAAAGUGAUACACACGCAGAGCAACAAUUCCUUCCUCACGCAAACGCCGUCGUACGGACUCAUCGAUGGAGGAAGAGCAGCGCCGUCUCUCGCAGCAGUUCGAAACCCCGGGUACUGCGUUACUACAACCCGGAUACGGCCAACCGCUCCCGCCAAACGCUCCAGCGGUCGAGCAGCAGGGAUCUCAAGCGUCCUCGGUACAUUUUUCGCCAUCGCUAUCAUCAGCGCCCACAAGCCUUCAUCCGCCAUCGCUCGCUCCAGCCGCUUCGAUGCAGCACCCGCCAUCGCUACCAGGCGUGUCACAAAACGGUGAGCCAACAAUGUAUCAAAUAAUGCAGCUUCUACGCCAAUUAAUGACAAAAAUUGAGCAACAGCCGCCAGCAUCACUGCCCACAAACGCAUCGCAGCAGCAGCUACCAGUAGUGCAUCCGCCAAGUGCAUCACAGCAGCAACCACUAGUAUCGGAAAUCGCGUCGCAACCGCAGCAGCAGCAUCGGUCAGCUCCAGCCAAUCCGGAGCAAAUCCUGGACUCGCUGGCGAGAAACAUCACCGAAUUCCGCUUCGAGGCUGAAGCCGGUCUAACGUUCGAGGCGUGGUACUCGCGCUACGAGGAUCUGUUCGUCAGUGAUGCAGCCAGGAUUGACGAUGCGGCCAAGGUACGAAUGCUUAUGCGGAAGCUAGGAUCAAUGGAGCAUGAGAGGUACGUGAAUUACAUUUUACCCCGUAAUCCCCGCGAUUUAACAUUUGAGGCUACCGUGGAAAAAUUGAAGGCCAUUUUCGGCAAGGCAGAAUCCCUUUUAACUAAACGCUACAAAUGCAUGCAAAUCGUCAAAACGAAAGCUGAGGAUUUUUUGGCCUACGCAUGUCGAGUCAAUCGGGCAUGUGUUGAUUUUGAGCUGAACCGCAUGGGUGAAGAACAGCUCAAGUGUCUGAUUUUUGUAUGUGGGCUGAAAGAAGACACGGAUAGAGAUUUUCGGGUAAAGCUGCUCUCGCGUAUCGAGGAACAUGCUGAAAUCACCCUCGAGCAAUUAUCGGCGGAGUGUAGUCGUCUGGUGGCAUUAAAGAAGCAAAAUGCGAUGAUCAUUGGAGAAAAAGAGGAGCGAGUGUUGGCAAUUCAAAAUGGCGCGCGCCGUAGCCAUCAUGGGUUUCGCGGCAAAGGAUUGCGCUCGCGUCCCAUACAUCGUGAUGACCGGUCGGGAAAACCAAGUAACCCUUGUUGGUUCUGUGGAGCUUUGCAUUGGGUGAAGGAUUGUCCGCAUACUAACCAUAAGUGUCGUGAAUGCGGUGAAGUUGGUCAUCUGGAGGAACGCUGCCGCAAGCAGAAGCAUCGGGCUGGCCGAAAGUUUUAUCGCCCAACGCGAUUUGCUAAAACCGUCACGGUGUGCAGCGUACGGGCUAGUCGCAAGUUUGUGGAAGUUUCCAUCAAUGGAGUUGGCAUCCGGUUGCAGCUAGAUACGGGUUCAGAUAUAUCGGUCAUAGGUCGUUCAGCGUGGGAGAAAGUAGGGAAGCCGUCAUUGGUGCAGCCCACCGUUUGCGCAAAGACUGCCUCUAAUGAGAGGCUGGAGCUACUUGGCGAGUUUAGAGCAGAGGUUGCCAUUUGUAAUGCUACCAAGCCGGCGAUCAUCCGUGUGGCUCAAGUCGAUUUAUUGUUACUGGGAGCAGACUUGAUUGACCUUUUUGCUCUUAGCUCCGUUCCAAUGGAUGUGUUUUGCGCCAAAGUUUCGACGACCGCACAGAUUCCCAAGGAAUUGCAGAGCCGUUUUCCGGAAGUUUUUCGUGGCACAGGGCUUUGCACGAAAGCGCAGAUCAAGCUGCAGCUUAAGGAUAAUUGCCGUCCGGUGUUCCGCCCGAAGCGACCGGUUGCAUACGCAAUGCAGGCUACAGUAGAGGAAGAGCUCGAUCGCCUGGUCCAGAUGAAUGUGAUCACACCUGUUGAUUACUCGGAAUGGGCGACACCAAUAGUCGUCGUACGCAAAAGCAGUGGAGCUAUUCGAAUCUGCGGCGAUUAUUCGACGGGGUUGAACGAUGCGUUGCGUCCGCAUGAAUAUCCGUUACCGCUCCCCGAUGAUAUUUUUGCAAGAUUGGCCCAUUGCAAAUUUUUUAGCAAAGUGGAUUUGUCAGACGCAUUUUUGCAAGUUGAGAUUGAAGAGCGUUACAGGCCCCUUUUAACGAUCAACACGCAUCGAGGUCUUUACCUUUACAAUCGUCUGCCUCCUGGAUUAAAGGUUGCGUCAGCCGCGUUCCAGCAGAUAAUGGAUGCGAUGCUCGCCGGAUUGUGUUACACUUCUGGCUAUCUGGACGACGUUGUUGUCGGGGGAAGAACUGAAGAAGAGCACGAUGAAAAUCUCAACAAGGUGCUUCAGCGUAUUAAAGAAUUUGGGUUUACUAUCAAAGCUGAGAAGUGUGCUUUUAAGACGCAUCAGAUAGAGUACCUCGGGCACAUAAUUGAUCGUACUGGCCUUAGACCAAAUCCAAAGAAAAUUGAUGCUAUUGUAAACCUACCAGCUCCAUCAAAUGUGAAUGAAGUCCGCUCGUUUUUGGGUGCCAUUAAUUACUACGGAAAAUUUGUGCCUAACAUGCGGAAUUUGAGAUACCCCCUGGAUAACUUGUUGAAAGAUGGCAAUCAGUUUGUAUGGACGAAGCAGUGCGGAGAGGCCUUCAGAAAGUUCAAGGAAAUAUUAAAGUCUGAUCUGCUUCUGACACAUUAUGACCCUACGGCUGAAAUCAUAGUAGCCGCAGACGCCUCAUCGGUUGGGCUCGGAGCCACCAUUAGCCACAAGUUUCCGGAUGGAUCAAUAAAGGUGGUGCAGCACGCGUCACGGGCUCUAACGAAAGCAGAAGAGGGGUACAGCCAGAUUGACCGCGAAGGACUGGCUAUCAUCUUUGCAGUAACCCGAUUCCACAAGAUGCUUUAUGGCAGGCAUUUCCGCCUCCAAACCGACCACAAGCCAUUGCUGCGCAUCUUUGGAUCAAAAAAGGGAAUUCCUGUGUAUACUGCCAACCGGCUGCAGCGGUUCGCUCUAGCGCUGCAGCUAUACGACUUCGAAAUCGAGUACAUACCCACGGAUAAAUUCGGCAAUGCAGACCUGCUGUCGCGGCUCAUCAGCAAGCACGCGAAACCGGAGCAGGAGUACAUGAUCGCGAGUAUUGAGCUUGAGGAGGCUGUAAAUCACGUAGCCAUACAUUCGCUAAAAGUCUUUCCGAUUCAUUUUGAAGAGGUUGCAGCAGCUACGAAAAAGGACCCUCUACUGCGCGAAGUGUACCGCUACGUCCAAUCGGGUUGGCCAGGCAAGCUUUGCAGCAGAGAUGCCUUAGACAGCUUCAUCAAGGGCAUCCGGGCAUCCAGCGAAUGA